AUGCCACUCCGAAAAGCCACAGAAGGAGUAGUGGUAAACUUCAUCAAGGAAAACAUAAUUGUGAGGUUUGGAGUACACCACAGGAUUAUCAGCGACAAUGGCACACCCUUUGUCAAUAGUGAUGUAAGGAAGAUGCUGGAGUUCUACCAAGUCAAGCACCAUCGUUCAUCGCCCUAUUACCUUCAAGGAAAUGGGCAAGCAGAGGCAACAAACAAGGUUCUCAUAAAGAUCAUCAGUAAAAUGAGCCAAGAGUACACAGGAGGAUGGGCAACGCACUUGCCAAACGCCCUUUGGGCUUACAAAAAAUCACCAAAGUCUGCCACAGGAUUUUCACCCUUUUCCUUGAUACAGGGGAAGGAAAGAAAGGAAGAAGCCUUUACGGCAGAAAGGUGUGAAAAUCUAGAAGGACUUGAUGAAAGAAGGGAAGAAGCCCAAGAGCGUAGCCGUAGAUACAGACAAAGGAUGACAGAAGCCUAUGGUAGGAUGACUAAAGAGAGGGUAUUCGCGGAAGAAAAACUUGUGCUAAAAGUGGCGGACUAUGUCAGGCAAGGUAUGGCAGGACCAUCUAAAUUUGCACCAAAAUGGGAUGGACCCCUCGUGAUAAGAGAGACACACCCAAGUGGGUAUUAUCAUCUAACCUAG